AUGUAUCGUUUAACGCGAGAAAUUUCAAAAAUCAACAAUCAAAUUGUGUCCACGUCUCGAAUCGACGCACAAAUGAUUGACUAUUUAAAAUAUCCCAAAUUGGAACCACGCUUUACCGCCGAACAAUUGACCGCAAACUGGACCACGGAUGCGAAAAGUGUUUUCGAAAAAUGGUACAAAUUGGCCCGUAAACUGAUAGAGUCUCUGAAAGAAGAGGAGCUCGCGCAUUUGGAUCCACAUUACGGCGUGUUGGUGUUUGGUCUAGAUUUUGCCGCCUCAAAGUACGAGACGCCUACGGUCGCUUUGGUGCGUAUGGUGUGCUAUAUGGCCACCGUUAACACGGGAUUUGCCAACAUGGAUGAGUUUGCAUUGGAACACUUGUUGGAAAAGAUGCUUCGCGGACACAUUGUCCCGCCGACGCCCAUGUUUUUGAACGCGGGCAAUGCGUCUCGAUAUUCGUCGUCAACGGCCUCGUGUUUCGUGCUGGACGGCCCCACCGUUUCGAGCGAUCGCGAAAAGGUGAUGCAAACUACCGGAGUUUUGAGUUGGAUCGCACAAAUGUCGCAAAACGGCGGAGCUGCCGGCCUCAAUGUGUCCGGAUGUGCGGGCGGUCGCGGCCCCGGCGGUUGUUUGCCCACAUUGGCCAUAUACUCGGCCAUUUUGGAAAACUAUCCACAGACCAAAUAUCGUAAAGCCACAUGCACCGUUUAUUUGGAACCGUGGCACGUGGACGUCGAACAGUUUAUCGAUUUGCACCAUCCGCAAAGUUCGUGGGUCCGACUCACCGAUCGCGUGUUUACCGCCAUGUGGAUAAAUGACAUGUUUAUGGAGGCAAUUCGCGACAAUAAACCGUGGUACCUGUUUGAUCCGGCCGACGAUUCGAGAAUUGGGCGAUUGACCGAUUUGCACGGUUUGGAAUUUCGUCAAUUGUACGAAACUCUAGUGUCCGAGAAACUCUAUGCGCAAACGAUAGAUGCGCGAAUGUUAAUGUCAAAGUUGGGACAAAGCCCCAUCACCUCGGGCGGACCGUUUGUGUUGUUCAAAGACACGGUGAACGCGACCAGUUGCCAUAGUGUGAUAUACGGUACUAUAAAGUCGUCAAAUUUGUGCACAGAAAUUAUGCAAUAUCAUGGCAACAGAAACGUGGCCACUUGUACGCUGAGUUCGAUAAACGUAGAUCGCGUUUUUGAGCACCAAUUGGACUAUACCCUUUUGAGAGACGCUAUGCGCCUUGCUGUCGAAUUGUGUACGGCCAGAGUGUUUAUCGCGCCCAGUUUUAGCGACGACUUGGCCAAUCAUGGGAUAAAAAGCCGCGCCAUCGGUAUUGGGAUACAAGGGUAUGCCGACAUGCUCCAUCAUUAUAACAUUCCCUAUACCCAAAGUGGACCGAUAUUGGGUAAAAUAUUUGAACAUUUGUAUUACUAUGGUCUGGAAAUGAGUUGCGAUUUGGUGGAAAAGUAUGGCAAAUUUGAAAACUUUGAACGUUCAUACUACGCCGAGGGUAAAUUGCAUUUUGAUUUUUACAACACACCACACGUUUCGACGUCCGACGACCUGGAUUGGGCGAGUUUGAGGGAGAAAAUUAAAAAGACUGGUUUGGCAAAUUCUCUGUUGUUGGCGCAAAUGCCGACCGCCCAUUCGGCAACAAUGUGGAAUUCUAGCGAAUGGUUCGAGCCGCAGAGUAGACCUGUGGAGCGACGUAAAACGGCCGUGGGCGAUUGCAUUACCGUGUCAAAACCUUUGCAAAAGGAUCCGGCGCUUUGUGAACAGAUUAUGGCCAAACUCUUACGUGGACAAGACACUGGGUUUCAAACUGGGUGGGAUUUGCCGAUAAUGGACGUUUUGCGAGUGUGGACUUGCGCCAUACCAUUCAUCGACCAAAGCGCCUCGUUAAGUUGGUACUAUAAUGGGACCGUGGAUGAUGUCAUUGGCGGGUUGUUUUAUUGUUGGCGCAAUAAAUUCAAAACUGCCCUGUAUUACAUGCGAGUUACACCGCACGGAGAAAACAAAUUGUUUUGCAACACGCUAUUGAAUAAUAAUCAGUGCCUCUCGUGUACAAAUUGA